UUCCUUAAGAUAAAAAACCUCGGUCGAAUGCCUCAACCUUCAAUUUUAGUUAUCACCGAGCUUUGCCUUAUUGUGUUUCUAUAAAAUAUCAACAACGAUGAAUGCACUUAGUGUUAUGCCGGUAGUUCUGUGUCUUUUGAUAAUUUUUGUAUAUUUUUACCCUUCUGAAUGUCUUGAUUUCAAGUAUCAUAAUAAUAAGGAACUGGAGAGGGUGAUGAGAAAUUUUUCAGUAAUCACUAAAAAUAUUCAUACAAACUUGUAUUCCAUUGGCAGGUCGACCAACGGUCUUCCAUUAUGGGUUAUGGAAGUCAAUGGUUCUAAAACAGCUAGGUCUGAUCUCCCUAAUAUCAAAUUCGUCGCUAAUAUUCAUGGUAACGAGGCUGUUGGAAGAGAACUACUUUUACAUUUCAUGGAGUAUUUGAGAGAUAAUUAUGGCAAAGAUCCUUCAGUGAGUUGUCUGCUGGAUAACUCCCGCAUUCACCUGUUGCCUAGCCUGAAUCCUGAUGGGUUCAGCAUAUCUACUGAAGGUCAAUGCGUUGGUGAGCAUGGUCGUCUGAAUGGCGUCAAUGGCAACAUGGAAGAUUUGAACAGAAAUUUUCCCGAUUAUUUCCAUCAGGAUCUAAAUCCUAGACAACCUGAAACGGAAGCAGUGAUGGCCUGGAUGGAUAAAAUACCAUUUGUUUUAUCUGCUGGAUUACACGGAGGAGCCAUGGUAGCAAAUUAUCCUUUUGAUUCAGAAAAAGUGACAAAAUCGACACCAGAAAAAUUCCCAUCUCUAACACCAGAUAAUGAUGUAUUCCAACAUUUGGCGAGAACUUAUGCGAGAAACCAUCCCAAAAUGAAAAUAGGACUCUGUGAAGAUGAUACAAAACCACAAACUCCAUAUUUUGAAUAUGGUAUUACUAACGGAGCCGCGUGGUAUUCUUUUACAGGUGGCAUGCAAGAUUACAACUAUUUCAAGAAAGGGUGUAUGGAAAUCACUUUAGAAAUAUCAUGUUGUAAAUAUCCAUUACCUCAAGAAUUGAAGAAACUCUGGGAACAGAAUAAGCAGUCACUCUUAAGUUACUCUUUGGAAGCUUUAAAAGGUGUUUCAGGCCAAAUUCUUGAUAGUUUAGAUGAAAGGCCAAUAGAAAAUGCAAAUAUUGAAAUUAUAGGGAGGAACAUGACUUUCAAAUCUUCUCAAAAUGGAUAUUUCUGGAGAAUACUGCUACCAGGAUUUUACCAAUUAAAGGUAGAAGCAGUUGGAUAUUAUCCCAAAAUUGUUACCUUCGAAGUGAGAGACCAAACUGGAAUAAAUUGCCCAAAAAACACAAAACUUCGAAUUUUUUUGAUAAAUAUAACAACGCCAAUAAGUGCAGCCUUGCAGGGAUCCGAACCUACAGAUGGAUCCGGAGUUGUACACCAUGCGUGGAAGGCAGUUCAAUCCGAGUCUCAAAGGGACAAUAGACAGGGGCGUAUACUGAAUGAUUCUGAAAAAAACACUUAUCCAUUUCCUCUAACCCCAGAUAAAGAAAACGAAAUAUUCAGAAUGAUAUUCGGCGAUCCAAAGGAUUUCAAUAAGAACAUAACUGAAGAUGACAUAAGAAACAUCAUGAGAAAUGAAAUGAACAUAACCGACAUGUCACUUUUCGAUUCGACAUUGAAAGAUUUCGAUAAGAAGAACGAAACUGAAAAAAUCAAAGUGCUUAAGCAACUAUCGGAAACGUUCGAUGGAGUUCUUCAUACCUUCACUUCAAAUUAUACAGUUAGGGAAUAUAUGCGGACAACACUACAAAUAAAGGACUUCACGCCAUACGAAGAAAUACUGAAGAAUUUCGAUGAAAAAUCUGGCACAGAAAAGAGAAAAGCAUUGGAUCAGCUUUUCCAAAAAUACAAAGAGAUAUUGAAGGGAAAGAAUAAAAAGAACAACAGUAACUCAAUAACAUUGAACACGAUGAAGACAAAUGCUUACAUAUAUUCAAUAAUGACAAUCUGUAUUAUAUUAUUAAAAUAAAAUUCCAACAUAGAUGAGA